AUGAGUGUUUAUUUGAGCGUUUUAUUCGGCGCUUUGACGCUAGAAAUGGCGUGUCUGUUCGUGUUGGUCCUCCCACUGCAUUACAAGAUCCGCAAGGGUCUAGUGAGCACGUACGACCGUUUUAUGAGCUACACGCAGGUCAAGACGGUGAUUUGGAUCACCGCUGGACUCGUGGGGCUGUUGUUCGUGGACUCCUGGAAGCGGGCGCAGGUCUCUGUCUUUCUACACCACCACCAGGGCGUUGGAGGCCCAAGCGCGAAUCCCGACGGCGCAGGAGCCAUCACACCUGUCCAGGCUCUAGCGUCUCGCGCCUACAACCAGAGAAACACAUAUAUCUCGGGCUUUAUACUCUACUUUUGCUUCUGCAUCCCUACUGUUAUCAGCGUGGUAAGGAGGCUGGUCAAGUACGAGACGCUGCUCCGCGACAAGGACUCCCAGCACGAGGGGCAGAACGAGGCCGAGACCAAGGCUGAGGCGGAGGUCGCCAAGCUCAAGAAAGAGCUAUCCGAGAAGAAGGCCUCGAUCAAGGCCCUUGCCAAGCAAAAGGCUAACCUGGAGGCUCACUUCGACAGCUCUGCCGAGGCGCAAAAAAACGCAGACCCUAAGCUCAAGAAAGAUAACUGA